AUGGGGUUGGAACCAGUUGAGAAUCGAGGGUCUUCUCCGGUCAUAGCAGCAAAAUUUCUUGCUUUCAUAAGUGUGAAGAAAAACAAAGAAGAUAAACCUCAGCCUGCAGUGGAUCAGUUCUUAACCCUGCAUGCAAGCUUGAAUCAUGCUCGGAUGAUUGCAGAUUCUUUAUCGAAAACUAUACCAAUCGGUUCGUCUCCGGAAUCUGAAGGAAACCCAUUAGAAGAGGCAGUGAAGGUCACAUCGGAUAGACGGAAAUACGCAGCUUCAUGGGUGCAAGCUGCACUGGCUACCAAUCUAUCAACCUUCUCCGUAUUUACCAAAGAACAUAAUUCAAUGUCAGGUCAUGCUACAGCUUCUGCUCAAACCAGAAGGCUACCUGCCAAUCAAAACAUUUUAAUUCUAGAAAAUUCUGCAAAGAAUCCUUCUGCAAAAGCUCAAGCAAAACCCCGUCCAGUAAUUGGUUCUAAGCUUGUAGCACAAGGUAUCCUUCGAAAAGCAGGGGAUGUUUCAGGCCUUUGUCCGAAAGUACCGGUCGAACCACCACCGGGAUGGACAAGGGGAAAUGGCGUUGAUGAGGCGGUUGACUUGGCUGAAAUGCUGCGAAUGGAAUCCCAUGGAUUGGUUCUUAGGAUUUGUGGAGAAAUUCUUGGAUACCAACCUGAAGAGUGUCACUACUGGUUAGAUGAAAUCAGUUCGAGCAAAGACGAAGGAGGAGGAGAGAUGACACCCCAUGUUUCAUCCGAAACAAUUGACCUGUUGAGGAAGAAAAUAUACGAAUAUCUUCUAACACAUGUUGAAUCUGCUGCUGCCGCACUAGGCGGUUGCGGAUCACAGCCACCACCCAUCCGAACUGCCGAAACGAAAUAA